AUGAGCUCUUCGCCUCUUAACCAGCCAUGGAAGACGAACGAAGAAGUCGUCAAAUUCAUGGAGAGCAUGAAGGGUACGGACCUUGGCAGUGGUAGACACCACAACUACAAGAAGGGCGAGACCAUGCACAUUGGUGGGCAGAGCCGAGGCCAGCAAGAUGGCAAGCCUGGUGAACUUGACGUUCUUUAUGACACUGAGCAGGCUAAGGAGGACUUCUAG